UCUGCUCGCCAUGCGCCACUCUCCCCAGCCUUCUCUAUCUCACGACGAAGUAAAAUAAUCAGCUUAACAUCUCUGCAACCCACGUUUCCACGUAUUUAAUCUUUUUUCUAAUUAUUAAGACACAAAUCCUGUUCUCACCAGUUGUAAGCAUGUUGGAGGAAAGUAAUCCUUUAAAGGUCGUUAUAGAUUUCCUUUUAUUUAUGGGCGGCAAUUCCAGACAGAACUCCUGUUUUACCAUUUAUGGAAACAACCUUUUUACAAUUAAAUACAUUUAAGCUCAAAACACAGGGUGCUCUGCCUCUGUUUUACGUUUUCUGAGAAUUUUAGGCUGCGGAGCGACGACUUUAUUUUGUCGAAAACGUAGCGUUUUGAAGAAAAGUUACAGAGGAAGCUUUAUGAGGAUUUUCGAUGCUUUUGGCCGUUCUGGUUGCUAAGCUAGGUCUUUAAAGUAUUGAGAAGGUUUCUAGCUACCUCAGCAUUCGAUCAAGCUUGUUUUUCUGCCUUUUAGCAAUAUUACUUGCAUUUACCAUUUUUGGAAGGCCUGCCGAAUAAGGUCUUUUUGUACAUCUACAUCCAAUUGCACAUAUUAACUUAAAAAAUGAGCUGUACCUACUGACAAACUAUACAUGGCUUUAAUUGAGGUCCAGAUGUAAAGAGAAUGACAAAUCCCUCUUCAAUGUCCUUUUCGAACCAUAUUUCUAUUGAUGGAUCAUCAGAGAAUGAAAUAAGGCCUCAACUACUUGAGAGCCAAUAUCAACAAACUAUGGUGUUCCAUCAAACUGCAGACCAGAGGCACGAAGAUUCAGAAGUUCCCCAGCAUUCUGGAUGGGGCCAAUUACAUGAUUACAAGAUAGAAUCAUCUUUGCAGCAUCCCAGUUCAACAACUGAUGCAAUAGGGGAGGCCAGACAAGUAACAUGGGGAGACAUUAUGCAGGUGAAGCACUUCGUAGAGACAUGUAUAAAGUCAUACAUGACUAAAAAUGAGGUCGUCAAAGCGCUUUCUACUCAUGCAAAAAUAGACCCAUGCUUUACACAUCUUGUGUGGCAAAGGCUGGAAAGGGAAAACAAUGAUUUUUUCAGGAAGUAUUAUAUAUGGCUAAAAGUAAAAGAGCAAAUUUUGCUAUUCAAUCAUCUGCUUGAGCAACAGCACCAGGUCAUGGUAAUGGAAAGUGCACUAGAUUUUCAACAAUCACAGCUUCAAACAAACAUGCAGCCUCAUGUUGUUUCCAGUGAGCUUGCUAAUCAGCUUAUGCAACACAACAUACAUUCAUCCCAUGUGCAUAUUGGAGCAGAUAGCAAGGUAGACAGGGUCACAGAAAGGCCUACUCCCAUGCAUUCAUCCAUAUUUGAUUCCACAUCCAUGAGUAACGUGGAUUUCAAUCAAGGUUCAGCAAUGUUUGGGAAUGAAGCUUUCUUCUCUAACCCAUCAAUGCUAUCGGGUACUCCAUAUACAAAUCGUAAUAUGGUUGAUCUCAAUGGGGAUGGAUUCUUACAUAUGGGAAGUUUGGAAGGUAUGCCAGGAACCACUGGUCAGUCUUCCAUAGACAGGAGUAUGUCAGACUUGAGGACAGUGUUCCAACCUAAUCAAGGGAGUUUUUCUGGUCCCUCAUUUUCGUCUUCCAGUAUGGGUCCUUUUUUGAGUACUCCCUUUCAAAAUACAGGUGAGCGCAGAACUGUUGGACCUAUCGCAGAGCCUAUGUAUGAUUCAUAUGAAGAUAAGGAUUUAGACGAUUACAUACAUAUGGUCCAAGGAAGGCAACAAUGAGAACAAGAUUGUGUACUAUAGGUGGGCAACAGAUUUGAGGCAGUGGUCCAAGAAAGAUGGCAACGAGGACAAGACUAUGUGAAAUAGUUUGGCAAUCGUAGUGGAGAGAAAGAACCCCAACAUUGCCUAAUGCAGUCUGUAGAAACACAUUCUUUUCUAGACUAGAAUCAAUAAAUCUAUUCAUUGGCUUCUUCCAGAAGAAAAUAAGUCUCUUCACCGCAAGGCGGAGAUCAUACUCUUUGUUUAAUAAGCAACUAUGUUGCCAAUCCUUUUAGUUUUAACAACACCACCUUGAAGCUGUAGCCCCAUCUUGUACUAUACCACUGUGGGAAGUUGGCCAUGUAAUGUCUGAAGAGUUAAAACUACAGAAAUCUUACUGAUACUACCUUCAAAGCUCGUGCUCUAGAAUCCUUGUUUAAUAUGCUACUUGCAUUUGUUUGCCAAUACAUAGAGAAAAGUGAGAUGCCUUCCUCCCACCAAAAAGCAUAUUCUUGUGUAUAUAGGUAUGUGGAUCUAGUUGAAUUUACUAGAUGGAGCAUUGUAUGGAUCAUGUUUUCUGAACACCCUAAUUUUUUUUGCCAACUAUAAUUUUUAGGAACACUCCUAGUCAGGUGUACACCAUCUUGUGUAUGACGAGCAAAAUCAACAUGACGGGACUAAAAGCAUGGAAGAACUUGAGUAUACUAAAUAUAUGUUUUAGAGUUGACCUCUUUGGUUUGUUAAA